UUAUCAAUUAACUUAAAUAAUCCCCCAAAUAAAUAUUUACACUAUCACCACCCUGUGUGUGCCUUCCAAGUUGCAAGCUUUCGUGUGCAAUCACCACAUCCUCUGAAGAAUCAAUUUGGUGAAGAAGAAAGAGGAAGAAGAAGAAAGAAAACAAAGAAGUAAAAGGGUUACCUUAAAAUCACCAAAAGAUCAUAUUUUUGUGUUUUUUUUGUUUAUACGAAAACUGGGUCUUCGACUUUCUCGAAGACCGAUUGUUAAGAACUACUACUAGAAGGCUCUAUUUCCACUGGGGGAAUAGAAGCAAUUAAUGGAAAGUCGAGGCCAAAAGCGUCCAGAAAUGGCUGAUGAACUCCCUGCUGAUAAGCGGGCCUGUAGUUCAUUGGAUUUUCGACCGAGUUCUUCAAACUCAUCAGUUCAAACUCAUAUGAACUCUGCACAGUCAACAGGGGAGGCUCAUCAUGAUAAUGACAUGGAUACUUCCUCGUCUGCUUCGGCUUCAAGCCGAUCAGAGGGAGAGCCAGAGAAGGAUUCAGCUUAUGGAUCAUGUGACUCAGAUGAAAUGGAGCAGCAUUAUAGCAGUCUUCAUGAGUAUCACAGGAUGAGAGUAUCCAGUGAUCAUGGAAAGUUUAAAAAUAUUAUAUCAAGCUUGAGUGGGCAGACAGAACCUUCUGGUCAGUUGGCUGUGCUUACUGAACUUUGUGAAGUUUUGUCAUUUUGUACAGAAGGUUCACUAUCCAGCAUGACUUCAGACAUGUUAUCACCGCUACUUGUAAAACUGGCAAAGCACGAGAGUAACCCGGAUAUUAUGUUGUUUUCUGUGAGGGCCAUCACCUAUAUAUGCGAUCUGUACCCUCGAUCAGCUGCUUUUCUUGUACGCCAUGAUGCUGUUCCUGUUUUAUGUCAAAGAUUAUUGGCUAUUGAGUAUCUAGAUGUAGCUGAACAGUGUCUCCAAGCAUUGGAGAAAAUAUCGCGAGAGCAACCACUUGCUUGCUUACAGGCAGGGGCAAUCAUGGCUGUUCUAAAUUAUAUUGACUUCUUCUCAACAAGCAUACAGAGAGUGGCACUUUCGACUGUUGUGAACAUAUGCAAGAAGCUUCCUUCCGAAAGCCCUACACCUUUCAUGGAGGCUGUGCCCAUAUUAUGCAAUCUGCUUCAGUAUGAGGAUCGCCAGCUUGUCGAAAAUGUUGCUUCGUGCUUAAUCAAAAUUGUGGAGCGAGUUUCUCAGUCCUCUGAAAGGAUGGAUGAGCUUUGUAAGCAUGGACUGAUUCAACAGGUCACACACCUUUUAAGUUUAAAUGGCCGGACAACCCUAUCUCAAGCAAUCUAUAAUGGAUUGAUAGGAUUACUUGUCAAAAUUUCAUCAGGAUCUGUUGUAGCCUUCACGACUUUAUAUGAGCUUAAUAUCAGCAGCAUAUUGAGAGAGAUAUUAUCUACAUUUGACCUCUCACAUGGAGUAUCAACAUCACAGCUUGUUGGUGGUCAUUGUAAUCGGGUAUAUGAAGUUCUCAAAUUGCUAAAUGAGCUUCUUCCUGGGUUGGAUAAAGAUCAAAAUGAUCAAUUGGUGCUAGACAAAGAAUCUUUUCUAGCUAAUCACCCAGAUCUGCUGCAAAAGCUUGGGAUGGAUGUGCUUCCCGUGUUAAUCCAGGUGUUCAAUUCUGGUGCAAGUUUAUUUGUUUGUCAUGGAUGUCUAUCUGUUAUGUACAAGUUAGUUUGUUUGAGCAAAGCUGACAUGCUUGUUGAAUUGCUUAAGAGCGCCAGUAUUUCAAGUUUCUUGGCUGGAGUGUUAACUCGAAAGGAUCAACAUAUGCUAAUGUUAGCAUUGCAGAUUGCUGAGAUAAUUCUUCAAAAUUUUUCAGAUGUUUUCUUGAAGUUAUUUAUAAAGGAAGGUGUCUAUUUUGCCAUUGAUGCUAUCUUAUCACCAGAAAGUUCUUCACAAUCAAUUUACCCAGUAUUUAGUGGCAUUCAGUUGACAUUGGACUCUGGUCAUAGGUCUGCUUCUAGAGAGGCCCCCAAGUGCUUAUGUUAUGCAUUUUCAACUGGCCAAUCUCCUGCAUCAUCAGAAGCCAGAAAUUGCAAACUAGACAAAGACUCUGUUCAUAAUCUUGCAGUGCAGAUUAAAACCAAAUACUUAGCACCGGAAUUAUAUGAUUCUGAAAAAGGAUUGACUGAUAUUCUGCAGAAUCUCAGAGAACUUUCUAAUGAUUUGUUGAGCAUGUCUACUGACAACAGUGCUCUUACUGUGCAUGAAGACAAGAUCAAUAGUAUACUGUAUCAAAUUAUGGACAAGCUUAUUGGCAAGGAACAAGUUUCUACUUUUGAAUUUGUUGAGAGCGGAGUUGUGAAAUCGCUUGUCAAUUAUUUAUCUCAUGGUCAGUAUAUGAGUGAAAACAAGGGGGUAAAUGGUAUUUGUGGUUAUAAUGCUGUCAUUGAAAAACGUUUUGAGGCUCUGGCUAGUGCAUGCUUAUGUACAUCUCAGCCUCUCUCUGGCGAUACACCCCUUUCUGUAUUGAUCAGGAACCUGCAGAGUGCACUGACUUCAUUGGAAGCUUUCCCUAUUAUUCUGAGCAAUGGAGCCAAACUGAGAAAUUCAUUUGCUUCUGUUCCUAAUGGAUGUACCAUUCCUUAUCCUUGCUUGAGAGUUCGUUUUGUCAGGGGGGAGAAAGAGACUGGUCUGAAUGACUAUACUGAGGAUUUUCUUUCUGUUGAUCCUUUUUCUUCUUUGCAUUCCAUUGAAAGAUAUCUGUGGCCAAAGGUCAGUGUGGAAAACACACAGCAUACACGAUCAUCAUCCAGUCAAGUAUUGUUGCAACCAGAAAGUCCACCCCUCCAAUCACCAUCGAAUGCAAAAGAGCCAAAGUUGUCACAGCCUACACCUGCCGACCAAGUAGUCAAUGUGAAUGCAGGGGAAUCAUCAUCCUCUGGAACUCAGGUGUAUGCGAAACAAGAACUGCAAGUCAGUGCAGAACCAGACUCAAAACUAGAGAAACAGCAUCCUGCCCCUUGUAGUAGCGAAGCUUCUCAAAAACUUGUCUUUUACCUUGAAGGACAACCUCUGGAUCAUAAUUUGACUCUAUAUCAGGCAAUUCUUUGCCAAAUAAUUAAACAAAAUGAUUGUGUUUCUGGUGCAAAAUUGUGGAGUCAAGUGCAUAUAUUAACCUAUGGAAGGGCUGUGAAAUCUGAGGACACAAUGCCUCCAGAAUGUUAUCCUUCACCUCAAGAUUUCUCUGAUGACAAAGUUUUAGCUUAUUAUCAGCGUACUCCUUUUUUAUCAGACAUGUUCUCUUAUGAACUUGUUUCUGAUUUGGAGAAGUCAAGUCCAAUUUAUGCUAUUUUGUUUCUUCUUAAAAGCUUGGAAGGCCUGAACCGAUUUAUAUUUCACAUUAUGUCUCGUGAAAGAGUUUGUGCUUUUGCUGAAAGGAAAGUUGAUAAUCUGGAUAACCUAAAAAUAACAGUUCCUUCUGUUUCUCAAAAUGAGUUUGUGAGUAGCAAGUUGACAGAGAAGCUGGAGCAGCAAAUGAGGGACUGUUUGGCGGUCUCCAUCGGUGGUAUGCCUUUGUGGUGUAAUCAAUUAAUGGCUUCAUGUCCUUUCCUAUUUAGUUUUGAGGCAAGAUGCAAGUACUUCAAAUUGGCAGCAUUUGGUCAGCCACAAAUUCAACCUCAUAUGUCUUACAACAACUCAGGAACAAUUGGUGACAGGCGACAAAGCGCUGGUGGAUUGCAUCGAAAGAAAUUCUUAGUUUAUCGCAAUAGGAUUCUGGAAUCUGCUACACAAAUGAUGGACCUACAUGCUAGUCAUAAAGUGGUUCUUGAAGUGGAAUAUGAUGAAGAAGUGGGUACUGGUCUUGGACCAACUUUGGAAUUUUAUACCCUGGUUUGCCAAGAGUUCCAGAAAUCUGGCCUGGGGAUGUGGAGGGAGGAUGCUUCUUCAUUUACCCUAAAGACAAACUUGCAGGCUGAGCAAAUAGAAAUCCAUUCUUUUUAUGGACUCUUUCCUCGUCCAUGUUCAUCAAUGCAAGAUACAUCUAGUGGCAUACAGUACUCUGAAAUAACAAAGAAAUUUUUCCUUUUAGGCCAAGUUAUUGCUAAAGCACUUCAAGAUGGAAGGGUCUUAGAUCUCCACUUCUCUAAAGCAUUCUAUAAGCUUAUUCUUGGAAAGGAACUUUCUCUAUAUGAUAUUCCGUCACUUGAUCCUGGGCUUGGUGGGGUGCUGCAAGAGUUCCAAGCACUUGUUAACCGGAAAAAAUUCCUUGAAUCCAUCAGUGGAGGGAAUUCCGAGUUGGAAUGUGGACUAAGCUUUCGAGAUACUAGAAUUGAGGAUCUUUGUCUUGAUUUUACUCUUCCUGGAUAUCCUGAUAUUGUUCUUGCCUCAGGGUCUGAUCACACAAUGGUAAAUAUGGGGAACCUUGAGGAUUAUGUUUCAUUUAUUAUUGAUGCAACUGUGCGCUCUGGAAUUUCAAGACAAAUGGAAGCUUUUAAAUCUGGCUUUAACCAGGUUUUCCCUAUCCAUCAUCUUCAGAUUUUCAAUGAAGAAGAACUUGAGCGUAUACUUUGUGGAGAGCAUGAUUCUUGGGCUGAGAUCAAUGAGCUUGCAGAUCACAUCAAGUUCGAUCAUGGGUACACUGCUAGCAGUCCUCCCGUUGUUAAUUUGUUGGAAAUUAUCCGAGAGUUUGACCAUAAACAGCGACGAGCCUUUCUGCUGUUUGUGACUGGCACACCUCGACUUCCUCCAGGAGGAUUGUCGUCUCUCAAUCCGAAGUUGACUAUUGUCCGAAAGCACUGUAGCAACCGGGCAGACGCAGACUUACCAAGCGUGAUGACGUGUGCAAAUUACCUUAAACUACCUCCGUAUUCAACAAAAGAAAAGAUGAAAGAGAAGCUCUUGUAUGCUAUUACGGAGGGUCAGGGAUCUUUCCACCUUUCAUAACUUCAUUCUCUUGCCUGGAUCUAUAUUUGGAUUCUGAAGCUGUAAUUAUUAGGGUUAAUUGAUAGUAAUGUAGAUAAGGGUGUGAAGGAGUUGCUGGCAGAGUUCUCAAUGAGUUACUGAAAGUGGUGGCCACAACAAGUUACUUGGGGAUGAAGCUCCUGUCUUCACUGACUACAAUUGUUGGGGGUGUGUACAUAGCCUGCUGAUAGUUAGUUGGUUAACUAGUUUCAUCUGUACAGAACGGAGGGCAGUUUCUGGGGCCACACUUUGAUUUUUGCUGUACAGAUUUUAUAUACAGGAACCUUAAUGAUUAACAGUUGUUUACAUGCAAUGGUAAUAGCUGCUAUCUUUGCUCUUGUUGCUACAUUUGCGGUAUAUUUUUAUUAUAUUUGAUUUUCUUGGACAUUUCAUGCCA